GUGCCUGGCUGCUGAGCACAGCUGAGGAGAAGACUCCUCUGGGGGGGCCUGCAGCCCUGGAGCCAGCACGAACUUCCCUAGGGAGUUUGGGCAAGAUGGACUCCCUGAGACCUGAGAAGCAGCCAUGGCACAAGAGUCAGGGGAGGCCCCAAAAGCUGGCGAACGGAGCAAUGAACCAGCACCGGUACAUCCACCUGGGGAGGAAGACACACCGCUGCACUAAGUGCAAGAAGAACAUCAUCUGCUGGCAAGACCUGUCCCAGCACCAGUGUAUACAGAUGGGGGAGCUGCCACACCGCUGCAUCAAGCAUGUGAAGAGGUUUCGACAUUCCUCCAGCCUCGUCAGGCACUGGUGCAUGCAUGCGAGGGAGAAGCUACAUCAGUGCUCAGAGUGUGGGAAGAGCUACACCCAUUCCUCCAACCUGGCUCGGCACCGGCGUAUCCACACAGGGGAGAAGCUACAUCAAUGCUUGGAGUGUGGGAAGAGCUUCACUCACUUCUCCCACCUGGCUCGGCAUCAGCGUAUCCACACAGGGGAGAAACCACAUCAGUGCUCAGAUUGCGGCAAGAGCUUCACUCAGUCCUCCAGCCUGGCUCAGCAUCAGCGAAUCCACACAGGGGAGAAGCCGUAUCUGUGCUCAGACUGUGGGAAGAGCUUCACCCGAUCCUCUGGCCUGGCUCAGCACCAGCGUAUCCACACAGGGGAGAAUCCACAUCAGUGCUCAUAGUGUGGGAAGAGCUUCACUUAUUCCUCCAGCCUGGCUCAGCACCAGCGUAUCCACACAGGGGACAAGCUACAUCAGUGCUCAGAUUGUGGGAAGAUCUUCACUCGAUCCUGCUACCUGGCUCAGCACCAGCGUAUCCACACAGGGGACAAGCCAUAUCAGUGCUCAGAGUGUGAGAAGAGCUUCCCCCAACCCCCCCCCCUGCCCCAGCCCCAGCUCAUCCACACAGGGGAGAAGCCACAUCAGUGCUCACAGUGUGGGAAGAGCUUCACUUAUUCCUCCAGCCUGGCUUGGCACCGGCGUAUCCACAAAGGGCAGAAGCCACAUCAGUGCCUGGAGUAUGGGAAGAGCUUCAUCUGAUCCUCCCACCUGUCCCAGCACCAGCUCAUUCACAGAGACAAGAAACCACAUCAGUGCUCGGAGUGUAGGAAAUGCUUCCUCUGCUCCUCCAAACUGGCCUUGCACCACUGCAUCCCUAUCUGUGUGUGUCCAUAAUUCUGCCAGCAAGAAGGGUUUGGGAAUGUAUACCUGCUCAGCACUCACCUGUGUCUACAUACAGGGAAGCAGUCUCAUGCUGGUGCAGUGCAGCAACAAUUGACUUUUCAUUCAGCUUUUCUAGAGCACUGCAGAGCCCAAACAACAGAGAGGCUGACCUCCCAGGUUUGCUUAGGGGCAGCAGUUAAAUGGAAACACCACAGGCAGAGGGCAGCCCUGAUGCUGGGGGAACCUGUGAAGAGAUGAUCUUCACAUCAGCCUUGGAGCCUGUGCCAUCCCCAUCUUACUCUAAAAGCAGCCAGUGCUCCCAGGGGGAGAAGAAUUACCUUCACAAUAGGAUGCUGUGCGUGCCGGGAGCAGUCCAAGGCCUUCGGGGGCGCGCGGCGGGCUGUGGCCUGCAGCCCUGACACGUGGGUCGGGGAAAGCAGGCACGACGAACUAGAAUUAGGCACAGAUGCGUAAUGGUUGAUUAAAGAUUAUUUUACUUACACCAUAGAUGGUCGCGGUGCAGGCAGGAAAAGCUUCGCUUAAGUUGCAGUUACAAAACUCGCUCGACCAAGACCCGUAGAAAAACUCGAGCCUCUUGUUACCAAGACCCGCAGAAAACUGGAGCCUCUUGUUAGUAACUCGGAAAGAGCUCUGGAUACACACGCAAAAGCGCGCAGGGAAGGGGUUCGUCGAGGGAUAGC